AUGGAUGCCUAUUCCUCGUUUGCAAGAGGAUCGUUCUCAUCAAGCAUAGGAGAUGCUUCAGAACUGGAAGCAAAUCUCCCACUCAAAGACAGAUUAAAAGGCUUCAAAUCCUCUAAAUAUGACGUUGAUUCCUAUGUCACCUCCAAAUGCCAAACCAUGUCCGAGAAGGAAAUUAAGCAUUUAUGUUCUUACCUUAUCGACCUCAAGAAGGCCUCUGCUGAAGAAAUGCGUAAAAGCGUUUAUGCCAAUUAUGGAGCUUUCAUUCGUACAUCUCGAGAGAUUUCAGAUCUUGAAGGCGAACUUCUUUUACUAAGAAAUCAUUUAUCCACUCAAGCAGCUCUUAUUCAUGGUUUAGCCGAAGGAGCAAGCAUUGAAUCUCUUUCUGGAGAUAUUGAAGAUUCGAUUCUAGACCAUUCUUCCAACGAAACACGUGAACUACCCACCACAGAUGAAUGGUUGGUGGAGUUUUUAGACAACCUUGAAGUUCUCUUGGUUGAGAAACGAAUGGACGAAGCUCUCGCCGCUUUAGACAAAGGCGAACAAAUAGCUCAAGAUUCUAAUUGUCGCAAGGCAUUGAGUGCUUCUGCACUCUCCACAUUAGAAGCUGCCAUUCGAAACCAAAGACAAAAACUAGCUUCUCUCCUUGAGCAAACAAUUUCCCAACCUUCCACACGAGGUGUGGAGCUUCGCUCUGCUGCUCAAGCUUUGAAAAAGCUCGGAGACGGUUCACGUGCACACAUGUUGCUACUGAGUUCCCACCAACAGAAACUGCAGCGAAGCUUGCAUAGUUUUAGGACAUCAAGCAACUCAGGGGGAGGGGUAUACACAGCAGCGAUAUCACAGUUUGUGUUCUCGACGAUUGCUCAAGCGGCAAGUGAUUCGUUGGCUGUGUUUGGGGAAGAGCCAGCUUACGCAUCAGAGUUGGUGACUUGGUCUGUGAGACAAACGGAUGGUUUUGCUGUGUUCUUGAAGAGGUAUGUGAUAGGUUCAUCGGCAGCUGUGGGGAGUUUGAGGAUUGCAGCUGAGAGUGUACAAAUAUGUAUGGGGCAUUGCUCGCUUUUGGAAGCUCGAGGGUUGGCACUUACGCCAGUGUUGUUUAGGCAUUUUAGGCCAUUUAUUGAGAAUGCCAUAACAGCUAAUUUGAGGAGAAUUGAACAGAGCAGUGCUGCUUUAGCUGCAGCAGAUGAUUGGUUGCUUGCUUAUUCCCCUGUUGCUUCUAGACUUUUUCCAAGGUCAUCUUCGACUUCUUCGCUUGCUUCUGUUGUGUCACAGCCAAAGCUUUCAAGAAGUGCACAUAGAUUUAAUACAAUGGUUCAGGAAUUUGUAGAAGAUAUGGGAUCACUUGAAAGCCUACAAUUAGAUGCACUAACCUUGGAAGGAGUUCUUCAAGUAUUCAACUCGUACAUCAAUUUACUCAUAACAGCUCUCUCAAGUUCAGUCGAAAACGAGAUGAAUCUAGAAGGAUCAGCAACGAAGAUCGUACGCCUAGCCGAGACAGAAGCGCAACAAAUAGCUCUACUAGCCAACGCCUCAUUGCUAGCCGAUGAGUUGAUCCCUCGAGCGGCAACCAAGCUUUUUCCACAUAGCAGAACUGAAACGCCAAGAAAAGCGGUAGAGAGGCAGAGCCGAGUGCCGGAGCAGAGAGAAUGGAAGAGGAGAUUGCAGCGGUCGGUGGAUCGACUGAGGGAUAGCUUCUGUCGGCAACAUGCUCUAGAACUGAUAUUCACGGAAGAAGGAGAUACGCGGCUAAAUGCACAGAUGUACUUGUCUAUGGAUGGGAAUGAGAAUCUGGAAGAGCCGGAGUGGUUUCCUUCACAAAUAUUUCAGGUGCUAUUCGCGAAAUUGACGAGGAUUGCAAGUAUGGCGACGGAGAUGUUCGUCGGACGGGAGAGAUUUGCAACAGUUCUUCUGAUGAGACUGACCGAAACAGUGAUAUUAUGGCUUUCCGAAGAUCAAGCCUUUUGGGAAGAGGUUGAAGAAGGGCCUCGCCCUUUGGGCCCCUUCGGCCUUCAGCAAUUCUACUUAGAUAUGGAGUUCGUGAUACUAUUCUCAUCGCAAGGUCGAUAUCUAUCUCGGAACUUGCAUCAAGUCAUCAAGAACAUCAUAGCAAGAGCCAUAGACUCCUUGGCUUCUACGGGUACAGAUCCUUACAGUGCUCUGCCGGAGGAUGAUUGGUUCGCUGAGGUUGCUCAAAUUGCAAUCAAAAUGCUGACCGGAAAAGCCAACUUUGGUAAUGUGGAUAGGGAAGCCACCAGCCCCACGGCUUCGAUUUCUGCAAAAUCCAUGUCUUCUGUUCAUUCUCAUGGAAGUAAUUAAGAGUUAGCUUACGAGAGGAAGGAUUUCUAUUUCAUUGUUUUAGUGCUAACCCUUCUUUAUUACAUUCAAAUUUUACUUACUAUAGUAAUAUGCACAGAAGGGUGUAUAUUAUUAUGGUAUUGAAGUGGAUUACCACGUGAAAGUUUGUGUUUAGUUGUAAUGUUAUUAAGGGAUUUGGAGUUCA